AUGUCGGGUGAUCAAGCUGACGGCGUUCGCAAGGAAUUAUCCCGCGGGGAGCACCGGAGGCGCGUUCCCGCCGGCGUCCAGUGGCGUUGCCGCCACUGCACCAUCUCCGGCCGGCUGCUGUUCAUCGCCGGUACGACGAUCGACGUCGCUGUCUCCUUCGUCGACGUCGCAGCGUCGCCCUCCGCCCCGGCCUGCCCUCGGAUUCGCCGGAACGCCGUCGUCCACGCCGCCCCUCCUUCGGUCACGUCGGUACCCACUCCGGCAGCCCCUUCCGCCGUGCCAGGGCGCCAGCCGACGUCGCCGUCUCCACCUUCGGCAUCGCAGCGGCAAGGUCGUCCUUGGCCUCGCCUCCCCUCCACCCGAACCCUGCCGGUGUUCGUCGUCGUCGUCUCCGUCCGACGCCGCCAUCCCCUCCUCCGGUCGGCCGUUUCUCCUUGCCGGCUCAUCGUCUCGCUGUGCCGCCACCGUCGUCGGCAUCGCAGUGGCGUGUUCCACGCCGUCCUCGCAUCCGGGCAGCUGCUGCCGGCUGCCCUCGUAGCCUCCUCGCUGGCCCCGGCCGUCAUCGUCCUCCCGUCGUUCCCGGUCAUCGUGGCGUUCGUCCCUCCGUCAAGCAGAUCGCGUUCGCCGCCCGUGGUUCGUCAAGCGAGCCGCUGCAGCCCCAUCGUCGUCUUCGUCCUCGGCUCCACGUCAUCAAGCCUCGUGCUGGCCGCGUCUUGCCUUCGUCCAAGGAUCGCCGCCGAAGUCGUUCGCCUCCGUUGUCCCCGAGCCGUCUCCGCCGCGCCCGUUCGUCGUCGUCGUGCCGCGCCUUUUCGCGUGGUGGGUUGUAGCUUUGCUUAUGUGCUUCGCGUAGCUUCUGUCGUUCCGGAGGUUCCCGAAGCGUGGUUCGCGGUCAUCGCCGAAGGUUCGGAAGGCCGUUCUCUCUGAGCAAGGCAAGUCGCAUCACCCUUGAGCAUAUUGAA